CCACCAUCAACAAAACACCAAAUUAUGGAAUUUCUUGUGGAAGAAUUGUGUUGCAUCCCGCAAGUAUAGUUCCAGACAUUUGUAGAAUCCAUGCCAAGGCGCAUUGAAGCUGUUCUGGCGGCUCGCGGUGGCCCAACGCCCUAUUAAGACACUUUAUGUUGCUAUUUCCUUCAUUUUGGCAGUUAACUGUGUGUGUGGAUUUGAUUCAAGCCGUUCUGAAACUUUUCACUGAGUUGUACUGUUAAUUCCAGGGUACACAUCUCUCUCUCUUAGUUUUACUGGUGUGUGCGUAGGAGGGUUCAUCGCGGGUUGGAGGGUCGGGCUAUGAGUUUGGGGAGCAGCAUGCGCCCGCCGCUCGCCAGAGGUUCAAAGCUGAGAACUUCACGUCACGGAAUUUAGCCAUGAGCCUGAUGUAAGGUCGCGCACUGACAGACCUACCGACGCAGGCAACAAGAGUUGAACGCUCAGUCUCUAUUCAACUGCCAUUCUAAAGUUGUUAUCGUGAUGUACAACUUUUCUCUGUUUUCCUGACUUUGAAUAAUCGAAAAGUUUGACCUUUCUUUUGUUUCCAGCUGCCAUCAACUGAAGUCUCUUCGUGUUGGAAAAGUUUGUGUUUUAUUACAAAAAUGGAGCGAAAGAAGCCGGGUAUUAUUUAUUGCUGUUGGAGCGUUCUUCUCGCUUGGUGCUGUAGUCUCACUGACUGUUACAAUCUGGACGUAGACCAUCCCGUUAGUUUUAGAGGCCCAAAUGGAUCUUUAUUUGGAUAUUCUGUAUUGUUACAUAAGAACAAGCAAAACACAUGGUUAUUAAUCGGAGCUCCAGUUGCGAAUUCAACUUUCGAUCCAUCCCUUAAAAAACCAGGAGCAAUUUAUAAGUGCAGCAUCUCAGGCAUUAGAGAAUGUCAGCAAAUAUCAACAGGUGUGGACAGUUGUGGGAAGACUUGCUUCUCUGAGAGUGACAACCAGUGGCUCGGAGUCAGCCUGUCUAGACAGCCCAGUGAUGGCCAUGUAUUGGCAUGUGGGCAUCGUUGGAAGAACGUGUUCUAUUCCAGGAAUGACAACCAGAACAAGCUGCCUCAUGGUGUCUGCUACAGAUACGAAGCUGACCUCAAACAGUCUCAACCACUUAUCCCAUGCUAUAAAGAUCAUCAACGGAAGUUUGGUGAAGACUACGGAUCAUGCCAAGCAGGAAUAUCCAACUUUCUGACUGAGGACUUGAUAAUAAUGGGAGCCCCUGGGACAUCGUACUGGACUGGGUCUGUCCUGGUCUACAACACCUCCAGCAGGGUCCUGUCUGCCUAUGUGGAUGACGACAGCACUGUCCUCUAUGGCAGUUACCUGGGCUACUCGGUUGGCGCUGGCCACUUCUUUCACCCUGACUCCACAGAGAUCGUUGGAGGUGCGCCCCAACACAGGCAGACUGGUAAAGCCUACCUAUUCAGAGCUGAAGAAAACAUGCUGAAGAUCAUCAGUGAAGUCAAGGGAAGCAAGCUGGGCUCAUAUUUUGGUGCCAGUGUGUGUGCCGUGGACCUGAAUGGAGAUGGCCUGUCUGAUCUACUGGUAGGAGCUCCCAUGUACAGCACCAUGAGAGAGGAGGGACGAGUCCAUGUCUACAUCAACCAAGGAGCUGCUAAUAUGAAGGAAGCAGAGUUUCAGUUGGCUGGAAGCAAGUCGUAUGCUGCCAGAUUUGGGGAGACCAUAACAGAUCUGGGAGAUAUUGAUGACGAUGGCUUUCCUGAUGUGGCGGUGGGGGCUCCGCAGGAGGAAGAGCUGCGUGGGGCUAUAUAUAUCUACAAUGGGAGGAAGACAGGGAUCUCACAGACCUACUCUCAAAGGAUCACCGGGUCUCUUCUGGGUAAUGAGUUAAAGAUGUUCGGCCAGUCAGUUUCCGGAGGCAUCGAUGUUGACGGAAACGGUUACCAAGACAUUGCUGUAGGGGCCUUCCUCUCGGACUCCGCUGUGGUUCUGAGGACUCGUCCGGUGGUAGUGGUUGAGGCCUCCAUGCCCCUGCCUGUCAGUGUGAACCGCUCUGUAGCUCUGUGUUCUGACAACGGUCUUCCUGCUGUCUGCAUCAACGCUACAGUCUGCUUCAGGGUCCGUGCUCGACGCUACAACGGACUCAUAGAGCUGCAGUAUAACCUGACAGCCGACACGCACCACAAGGAGUCUUUCCCCUCCCGCUUCCAUUUCCACGGCAACGGGACGUCCAACGCUACGACAGGGCAAGUCAAGGCCAGACACGACCAGCUGACCUGCGUCACCCACCAGGCCUUCAUGAGGAAAGAUGUCCGGGAUAUCUUCACGCCCAUCCAUUUUGAGGUGACGUACGCCCUCAGAGAGCACACUGUUCGUAACUGGGGAUCCAGAACUUUCCCAGCCCUGAAACCCAUCCUGCAGCAGAGAGGGGGGCACAGCAACCUGGUGGCCAAUAAGACGGAGUUUGCUCGGUACUGUUCUUUGGCCAACUGUUCAACAAAUCUGCAGGUCUCUGCUUACCUGGUCUUACCACAGAAACACAACAACAUGCCGUACUUUGCAUUGGGUAAUGGGAAGACCAUCAUGUUAAACACAACCCUGGUGAACGCUGGAGAUGAUGCCUUCCUCCCCAGGCUCCAGCUAAAUUUCCCCUCCAACCUGCAGUACAUCAAAGUGCUUGAUGCAGAGGAGAAGUAUGUGAGCUGUGACAUUUCAGAGGAGAACAAGACAAUAGUAGGAAUGGACUGCAGUGUUGGGAACCUGUACUUCAGCUCUGGAGCCAAGGUGAACAUCAGCUUUCUGUUGGAUGUAAACCAGAGUAGCAGUGCUGGUGACAUUAGCAUCUCCAUCAACACUAGUGGAGACAAUUAUGAAAAUGUGGAUCUUCUGCAUGACAACUCAGCCACUCUGAUGUUACCAUUGAGAUAUGGCGUGGAUGUCAGCGUCCAUGGGUUUGUGACUCCAACAUCCUUUGUAUUUGGUGACCAGGAGCCUACUCCAGUUGAUUGCUACACAGAGACAUUCAACUACACUUACAAGGUUGUCAAUAUCGGUCCAAGCAAAUCUCUCAACACAAAAGUUGAGAUUGAUAUUCCCAAGAUACUAUCACCGUAUCCAUACAGAUUACUCCACAUUGUAGAUUUUCAGACCUCUCUUGGAGAAUGCUCCAUUAAAAACGGCUCUAUCACAGUAGAAGAUGAUUGUGAGGUGCCACGAUCGUCUUUAAUCAAGGAACUGGUCUUCUUCUUCUCCAAAACCAGCAAACGCAAAAUGUUCUGUGCUCACGGAGACGACCUGUGCCUGAUUCUGGAGUGUAGACUAGGAGACAUGGACAUUGGGAAAGAAGCCACCAUUCACAUGGAAGUGAAGCUGAACCCCACCGUUCUACAACUCUCACCGGGUCGUCAUGGAGUGAUGCUGAUAGAGAGUACUGGCAUCAUCACAUCACCAAGGGAGGACCCUCAUACCAUCCUAUUACAGCAGAUCCCUAUCGCUCAGGUUGUGUUGGAGGCCCACUUCAACCAGAAGCCUCAGGCAGCAGUGGAGGUGUUCAUCAUUGUAGGGAGUCUACUGGUGGGGCUCCUGAUCCUGACCCUGCUCAUCUUCGCCCUCUGGAAGGCUGGUUUCUUUAAGAGGCAGUUUAAGGAGGAGAUCAGGAGGGAUAGCUGGGACUAUGUACCAAAGAGUGAGAAGACUGAGAGUACAUCCUAAGAGUGAGACAAACCAACUGUGUCCUAAUACAGAAUGGUUCUAUACUACAACAUGGACUAACUGCUGUGGAACAGCUUUUCUAGUAAAAGGCACAUUUUGAUUAAAAUCAUCCAAACCCAAGGGAAAGAACUGCGGGACCAUUCAAACUGUUGUGGCUAAGAAUCUAGGAAUCAACAAAAGAAAGGAUGUCAUUUCUCUAAAACAUGCAAGAGGAAGAACUUAAACUUUGUUGUCAGCGAGACAAAUGUAUUGCACUUUACCUCUGGCCUUGGUGCAGUGAGACUAUAGAUCAUUGGACUGCGUACAUGCAAUGUACAUUAGAACAUGGGCUAUGUGGCCUCACAAGAACAGGCCUAUCAUUCCUGUUUUUAUUCCCCACCAAGAUCUCAGGAUAUGAAGACGGAACAUUCCAUGGUCUUGUUCAAUAGGCAUGAAACAGAAGAAAACGCUCCAAAACAGAGUGAAACAGGGACUUUCUGUGCCUGUCCAUUAAUUAAGGACCGCUAAUUUUCCGUUGCUAAACAUUCUCACAUACCUGACUACUUAGAUUCGGUCGCACAUAUUGAUUGUGUCUGCUGUACAAAAAAUGAAUGAAUGCACUGCUGAAGCUUUUCUUUAUGGAUAGGAAGUCUAUCUGUAUAUAACGAUAUAUACACAUCUAUAUGACAAAUCUAUCCACAAUAGGUGUGUAUAUACUGUGUAUAUAGAUAUAUCAAGAGGACCUUUCUUUAUCACAGUUAUUAAAUGAAAUUUUAUUUUUUAUCGUUAUGGGCUGGGAGGGGAAACAGCCACAAACUGUCACAAAGUCACACAUGUAUUGUGAAACUAGUGUCACUACAUUGAGAAACCAUAAGAUUGAAAGAAGGAACAUUUGUUCUGGUUGAUCUGUGAGACCCAGCGUGAGCCUCUGCGGAGCCAUACUGCUUAAACCCGUGUUUCAUAGAAAUGAAUAGGAGCAUCUCACACUCUGCAAAAGUUACAUGUCCAGUGUAGCAGACCUGUAAGACCUCCGGGUUUUUCUCAGUUCAGCAGCUGCACACCAGUACCUGCAUCCUGCAUCCUGCAUAGGUUUUCAUUCUUAGGUUUUUAUUUUUGCUCACCAUCUUAUGAAGUGAAUGGGACAUAAGGUUUAAGGUUAUAUAUAGAACUGAAGGCAACAGAAGGAUGAGGAGGCCAGUGAAGUGUCAUCAGUGAAAAAAGGUGGCUGUUGGGUGUAGUGAAAAAAGGAGACUGUUUGAGGUCACUCAUUGCAGCAAUUCACUGACUCACUCACUGAAUGACACAUGCCACUCCUCAAGGGGACAGCACCCUGUGUAGGUGUGCAUACGUGUGUUUGCGUGUAUGCGUUUUCGUGUGUGUGUGCGUGCGUCUGACAGCAACUCAUACACCAUGCCAGCAGAAGUUUCCAACACAGUCAGAAAUGAAAAAUGAAAGAGCUUGUUCUUCAGAAAUGACUCAAAUGGAACACACGGAACACUGGCCUUACCUUUUGGAACAUUUUCAGUCCUUUGGAUUCGUGUUGGAAUCUUUGGAUUGAAUGGAUUCUGUGUUCUUACUGUAGCUGUAAGGGAUUGGAACAUUCCGGUUUUGGAGAGAUGGUAGGCUAUGAUGAUGGUGAUGUAUGCGAAAGAGUAACAUGUUUUUACUGCUUGAAUUUUCAGGGAGUCAACCUUUCCUGACCAAGUUGUCAGUUUUGUCAAAAAUAAAGGGGGCACAUUCCACAUUUCUAUAAAAUGAAAUUAUUUUUUAUUUUUGAUAAAUAAAUGUGUGGCAUGUAAAAAUGGACAGAUAACAUUUUGUUUGUCAACACAUUUCGCUUUGGUCUGAUAAUUUAUGUAAUUCUGCACUGGAAUGUAUUAUUAUGUUGUCUUUGCUUUAAUAUAAAUCAACUUUUCUAUUUAA